GUGGUGGAUAUUAUCUCAGCAUGGAGAACUGUUUGGCCUGAGCUCAGCUGUCACUCACAGCCAGAGGUGGUUCAAGCCAUCGCUGAGCUUUUGGCUCUGGUGCCUCAGCUCACAGUUAAAUCAGAGCAGUACGAGAAAUUAAAAGAAGAGGUGGUCAGCAUUCUGUGGACUUAUGCUCUGAGCGAGGAUCCAGAGGUGUCCAGCUGUGGCUACAGGGCUUUGGCAGACUUUCCUGAAACAGACCACACCAUAAACCACCUUCCUGAGGCAGCCCGACCACCUGCAAAGCUGCCUGAAAACGAAGAAGAUGAACAGAGUAAAGAAAAGGAGGAAGAGGAGAAGGAUCUCUCCGUCCCAGGCUCAUCUUAUGUGAAGCUGAUGACUCUCACCACCUCGUCUGUUCUUCCAGCCUUCGAGCUCUUCCUGACGUCACUGGUGAGGCAGGAGAUGAGUCAGAUGCCACGGGGAAUCUACUUCUCAGCCCUGAGGGGGGGUAACCUCCGCUCAGACCGGGGUAAAACGGUGGCAGGAAUCCCGUCGUUCAUGCUCAAGACCUACGAGAAAAACAAGCAGCCUGGGCUGAAGCCAGGACUAGCAGGUGACCCAGUAACAGCUCAUUUAGCUGGUCUCAGUGACAUCGACUGUGUGGUGUCGUUGAAUGUGACUAUGAACAUGUCAGCUGCUUUGCCUUUCACAUGGGGUCGACGUGCUGAGUUAGAGAUGCUCCAGAAACAAGGCAAAGAGGAUCCACAGGAGCUGCAGUACAAGCAUCACUGUGCCUGGCUGUGGGCCAGAGAUCAGCUGGCAGAUGUCAUCAAAGCUGCUACAAAGGACAGUCCUGUUGUUCAGGGAAACGCCAUCUUGGCUCUGAGCGGCCUCGCCGCUGUUCUCGCCAAGUAUGAGAGCAACCUGCCCACUGAUGGUGACGGCAGCCUGGGGGCUGGACCAGAGUUUGUGGCCACAGGAAGCUGGUUGACCAUGGUGCUGGACACCCUGCUCAGCAUCAGCAGCAGCAGCUUCAAGGCCACAGGACGACGCUCCUACUCGGGUGAGAACACAGCGAGCACCAUAGCGCGCUCCUGUGCAAGCCUCGCCCUGUCGCUGCUCGUCUCCGUGCUCGUGGUGUGGCAGCGGGACAGUCUGACCCACAUCCUGUUGGCACUGCGGGCCGGCCUCCCGGGCUCCCCCGCCGCAGACGACUCCCAGGCCAUCCAGUUCCACUCCGGGCUCGGUCUGGGCAUGGUGCUGUCCACCCUGCUGCACCAGCGCCUCAGUGAUGAGUCUGCUCAGAAGGAUGCUGAUCUCCUCUUCGGCCCUCUGGAUGCUCUGGAAAGUUCCUCUUUCAACCCCAACCUGGAAUACAACACUGGCUGCAUACUGGGUCUGGGGCUAGUGCUGUCUGCCCUCUGCAGCAGUGGACAGAGGAGUCGACACGUCCGUGUCAGCCUAACGCUCGACAAGCUGCUGGCCAACCUGCAGGACUGCAGUGGGCGGGGACGCAUGGAGCAGGAGGUCUUGGCGUACUCUGUGGCGUGCGUGAGCGUUUCAGCGUUCAGCGCAGGUCUUAUUGACGCCGCCAAGGCGGAGGAGGUGAUGGACACGCUGCGCAGCCUGACUGAGGAGAGCCAGCAGACCCCGGGCUUCUCCCUGGCUCUGGGGUUAGCGGUCCACGGGCUGUCGGUGUGCGGCCACGGCAAAGCAGAGCACAUCCACCCUCACCUGCUCGCAGCCUGGAUCAAAAUCUUACUGGCUGAGGGCUGUCCCACCAUGCAGCGGCUGGCUGCUGUCAACGGGCUGGUGGCUUUGGUGGGGUCAGAGAGUUACCUCAUUCAGCUGAAGAGUGAGACGGAGCUCGUGUCCAAGCAGCACAACAGGCUGAAUGAAGUUAUUCGGGCCGUCACACAGAUCGUCACGUUCUCUGGAGCCAUCGGUUUGCAGUCCAACAGCGCCUGCUUGCUGGGACAUUUGCAUCUGGCCCACAUCUGCAGCAGUCACAGUCACACAGCAGUUCCUCCAGAUUUCAGUUACCUCUCAGAGAAAAGUGUCGUCAGAUCCACGACGGAGUUCAUCGCAGAAGCUGGACUCAAAGGUCCUCAGGCCUCCCAUCCAGGCCUGGUUAAGACCGCCCUCACCGCUUUGGCGUCAGUCGGCGCCUCUUUCCAGUAUCCGCCCAUCAACUGGAGCGCCGCUCUGUCUCCUUUAAUGAGGAUGAGCUUUGGAGAGGAUGUGCAGCACCAGUGUGUUGUACUGGCAGCCUGUCAGACCCAGUCCUCCCACAGCGCUGCUCUCUUUUUGGGCUCCUGGUUGUCCCCUCCCCUGGUCCACAGUCUCAGCUACCAGACCCGGGCCCACCUCUAUGAGACUCUGGGCUCGUGGAUGAAGCACGUGACUGAGGACAAGCUCCAGGUGUAUGUGGAGAGUUUGGGGCUGCAGCAGUUUCAGGAGGACCUCCGACCCCAGCGCGCGUCCCUGUGUGGCUCUGUGCUGCGGGGCCUGGCUCAGGCCAUGGCCCUCCCAAACCCCUCUAGCAGCUGCUGGACCAUCCUCUGCUCUGCCACGGAGAAGAUCUUCACCUUCCUGCCCGACCGAAUCCAGGAUAAUGAAGUGGAUCUGUAUGUGGGCGUGGCCAAGUGUCUGUCUGAGAUGUCUGACACAGAGAUUGAGAGGAUCAUGAAAGUCUCUGAGGUACAGUGUUCAUAACACCAGCAGCAAAUGAACAGAGGCACCACGUCCACAGUUUCCAUGUGGGCAGAAGUACAUUUGGUUUACAGGGUAAAACACAUGUUGCUGGUCUCGUAGUGGAAGGAGAAAUGGGAUUAAUUCC